AUGGGUUCUAUGUUCGAGCAACCCAGAAAUGGGACUCUUUUCCUCGGCGGUCAGAAGAUAUCCGGAGCAGACAUUCGGGACCAAAACGUCCUUGCUACACAAGCAAUCGCAAAUGUGGUUAAGAGCUCAUUUGGUCCCAGUGGUCUGGACAAGAUGAUGGUGGAUGACAUCGGUGAUGUGACAGUGACCAACGAUGGCGCAACUAUCCUCAGUUUACUCGACGUCGAGCACCCCGCCGGUAAGAUCCUCGUCGACUUGGCACAUCAACAAGACAAGGAGGUUGGCGAUGGUACGACAUCGGUUGUCCUCAUUGCCGCCGAGCUUCUACGACGAGGAAACGAGUUAAUGAAGAACAAAAUCCACCCGACUACCAUCAUCACUGGAUACAGGCUUGCCAUGCGCGAAGCCAUCAAGUACAUGAACGAGAACAUCAGCAUAAAGGUUGAGAACCUGGGCCGGGAGUCGCUGUUGAAUAUCGCCAAGACAUCCAUGUCCAGCAAGAUUAUCGGCUCCGACUCCGACUUCUUCGCAAACAUGGUGGUGGAUGCUAUGCAAGCAGUCAAGACGACGAACAACAAGAACGAAACCAAGUACCCGGUAAAGGCAGUCAACAUCCUCAAGGCACAUGGCAAGGGCGUUCUGGAAUCGAUUCUGGUCAAGGGCUAUGCUCUGAACUGUACAGUCGCUUCGCAGGCCAUGACGACACGGGUGCAGGAUGCCAAGAUCGCAGUUCUCGACAUGAACCUGCAAAAGGAGCGCAUGAAGUUGGGUGUGCAGAUCACAGUCGAUGACCCAAAACAACUCGAGGCAAUCCGUGCCAGGGAAUCCGGAAUGAUCAUUGACCGAGUCGAGAUGAUUCUGAAAGCUGGUGCCAACGUUAUCCUCACCACUAAAGGCAUUGACGACAUGGUGAUGAAGUUGUUUAUUGAACGUGGAGCGAUGGCAGUCAGGCGGUGUAAGAAGGAAGACCUGCGCAGAAUCGCAAAGGCUACUGGCGCAACCCUCCUCAGCACGCUAUCCGACUUGAACGGAGACGAGAAGUUUGAGGCAUCCUAUCUGGGUCACGCGGAUGAGGUUUCACAGGAGCGCAUAUCAGACGACGAAUGCAUUUUGGUGAGGGGUACGAAGUCGCACUCAUCAGCAUCCAUCCUGCUGAGAGGCCCGAACGACUACUCACUUGACGAAAUGGAGAGAUCAGUGCACGAUUCUCUGUGUGCCGUGAAGCGUACCCUCGAGAGUGGAAGCAUCGUGCCUGGUGGCGGUGCGGUAGAGACAGCACUUCACAUCUAUCUGGAGGAGUAUGCAGGAACAGUUGGCUCGAGAGAGCAACUGGCGAUCGGCGAGUUUGCACAGUCUCUACUCGUGAUCCCCAAGACGCUGGCCGUCAAUGCGGCGAAAGACGCUAGUGAAUUGGUGGCACAGCUGCGUUCGCGGCACGCAGUAUCACAGCGGGGACUUGAGGGCGAUGCAAGUCAAGACGAGAAGAUGGUGGCUCGUGUUAAGGGCUACAAAAACUAUGGCCUGGAUUUGAUGAAGGGUAAGGUGGUCGACGAGAUCAAGGCCGGUGUGUUGGAGCCUAGUAUGAGCAAGGUGCGGCAACUCAAGAGUGCAGUUGAGGCCUGCAUCAGCAUCAUGCGCAUCGACACCCUAAUCAAGCUUGAUCCCGAGCAGAGCGCGGAGGAUGAUGGCCAUGGCCACUAA